GCUACCCGCUCAGGCCUCACACCUCGCUCCGCUACCCACCACCCCAGCGCCUAGCACCUCGCGAGCGCCGUAGUCGGCUUCGCUCUUCUCCCUGCCAGCAGCGCUUCGUGUAAACCUGGGGAGAUUUUCUUGAAAAAAUGGUGGAAGCGGAUCGCCCGGGGAAGUUAUUUAUAGGAGGCCUCAAUACAGAGACAAAUGAAAAAGGUCUUGAAUCAGUUUUUGGAAAAUAUGGCCGCAUGGUAGAGGUUCUGUUGAUGAAAGAUCGGGAAACCAACAAAUCCAGAGGUUUUGCUUUUGUUACUUUUGAGAAUCCCGCUGAUGCAAAAGAUGCUGCAAGAGACAUGAAUGGAAAGGUAGUUUUUCAUUUGCAGCUCUGGCCAGUGCCUCGUGGAAGAGAGAACUAUGGAGGUCCUCCACGAAGAGAACCAGUGUCGUCACGCAGAGAUGUGUAUAUGUCACCAAGAGAUGUUAGUGACAGUACUAAAGAGAGUUAUUCAAGCAGAGAUUAUGCAAGUUCUCGGGAUACCAGAGAUUAUGCUCCACCUCCAAGGGACUAUACAUACCGUGACUAUGGCCAUUCUAGCUCACGUGAUGAAUAUACAUCUAGAGGAUACAGUGACCGUGAUAGCUAUGGUGGAGGUCGUGAUAGAGACUAUUCAGAUCAUCCAAGUGGAGGAUCCUACAAAGAUUCUUAUGAGAGUUAUGGUAACUCUCGUAGUGCUCCUCCUGCUCGAGGGCCUCCUCCCUCUUACGGAGGAAGUAGUCGCUAUGAUGAUUAUAGCAGCACCAGAGAUGGAUAUGGUGGAAGUCGUGAAAGUUACUCAAGCAGCCGAAGUGACAUCUAUUCAAGUGGUCGUGAUCGUGUUGGCAGACAAGAGAGAGGGCUUCCUCCUUCGAUGCAUAGACGAUAUCCUGCCCCUCGUGAUUCAUACAGCAGUUCAAGCCGUGGAGCACCAAGAGGUGGUGGUUGUGGGGGAAGCCAAUCUGAAAGAGGAGGCAGAAGCAGAUAUUAAAAGAAACAUAAGCUUUUUCAACCAAAAUGCCUUUUUGAAGAAAUUGGG